AUGUCUUUCACAGAGGAUCAAGAAAAAAUUGCACUAGAAAUACUGUCAAAGGACAAACAUGAAUUUUACGAAAUUUUGAAGGUGGAUAGAAAAGCCACAGAUAGUGACAUCAAAAAGGCAUAUAGAAAACUAGCUAUUAAAUUACAUCCUGAUAAAAAUUCUCAUCCAAAAGCUGGCGAAGCUUUCAAAGUAAUUAAUAGGGCAUUUGAGGUGCUAAGUAAUGAGGAGAAGCGCAGUAUUUAUGACAGGAUAGGGAGAGACCCUGACGAUAGACAAAUACCAUCCAGAAGUGCCGCUUCAGGAUUCCAGGGAAGUGCAGGUGGGUCUCCCAUGGGUGGAGGAUUUGAAGACAUGUUUUUCGGCUCACGUUUCGGUGGCCAAAGAGCUGGACCGCCGGAAGAUAUAUUCGACUUUCUGUUCAAUGCAGGUGGCAGUCCGUUCGGCGCUUCACCUUUUGGGCCCUCUGCUUCAACUUUUUCAUUUGGAGGUCCAGGAGGUUUCAGAGUUUAUACUAAUAAUCGUGGAGGUUCACCGUUCAUGCGCCAACAACCGCGCUCAAGACAGCAGCAGCAACAGGCGGAAGAGAAUGCAGUGAAUUCACAGUUGAAGAAUAUGCUUGUUCUUUUUAUUAUCUUUAUUGUUCUUCCUAUGAUUAAAGAUUAUCUGUUUGGCUAA